CCAAUCUAUCUAAAGCUUACAACCAUAACUACCUACUACUAUACUACUACUAUCUCCUCUAUAAGACCCUUAUCUCGACAUGUCCGAAGAUUCCAAAGUCCAAUGGGACGCCUUUUAUAAUGAUCCCAAAGAUGAUAUCGUUUUUGUCUCUAAUGACAAAAUUCAUUUCAGAGCUUCGUCUUGGCUAAUGAAACGACAUAGUCAAUUCAUCAAGGACAUGCUCGAUUUCCCAGGCAAAGGCAACAUUUCCGACGCUCAUAUCGACUUAGAAGCUCCUGCUCAUAUUGUCAGACAUUUCAUCGCGUUAUGUUAUACCACCGGUCCAUUUCAUAUGGAAUUGAAAGAAACGAAAGUCAGUCAAAUUAUCGUCAUUUGUGAAAAAUUACAAUGUUCUCAACUCAUCCAAAGAGUCUUAGGUGAUCUGGUCCGGUUUGUCGAUUACGAUCCUGUGGAAUCUUUCAUCUUCGCAGCGGAAUAUCGUCAUGUCGAAUUAGCUAAAGCUGCUAUCGCUCUUUUUCCCGAAGAUCCAAAGGUUCCUUUUUCACCUGUACUUGGUAUGCGAGGGAAAUCAGACGGUUUGGCAAGUCGAUAUCUUAUCGAAAUCAUGCGUCUUAGAUAUCAGUGUCGGUACGGCUAUAACAGUCCUGAAUUACGCACCUGGAAGGAGGUUUCAAGCUCGUUCAAUCCGUAACAUCGCUUUCUUCCAGGAUAUCAGUGAACAGAGUCGGUACAAUCGGACUACGAAACCUUUAAUCACUUCAAUUUGUACACCUACUCU